AUGAAGGAUCUAGUCGCGCGUGGCGUAAUUGUUCGCUUGUCUACAGAGCUCACUAAGAUCGUGCAGAGGAGUAAUCGCGGGGUCGUUGUCGAACUUAAAGCACGGACGCCUGUGCCUGACAGGCAUAACCCCACUGGAGGCGAUCCGGACGUUCCAGUUACCGGGGAGGUAUACGAUGAGAUUGUUAUGUGUUGCCUUGCUGACACGGCGAAGAAAGUCUUGGGUCGAACAGCGACCUGGAUAGAGAAAAAGGUACUAGGGUCAGCUAAAUUCAGCGAUGAUAUUACGAUCACUCACAACGACUCGGAUUACAUGAAGAAGCAUUAUGAAAACUUCUACCGAGAAGACCUAGCUAUUGAUAAGGUGAACGGUGUGGGGCAAACCUCGCGUCUUGAUUUUGCGGUGAAUAACUUCAGACCGAUGUAUUAUAUCAAAAUGUACCCGGAGGAUCAGUCGAAACUUGAGAUGUGCUUCGAUACAACGAACUACCAGGGCCAAUUCCCGGACAAAGUUCCCUUUGAGCAGCAUGUGUUCCAGACCAUCUAUCUCAACAAAGACCGCGAUAAGGAUCUAUGGACAGACCAUCAGAUCAGAGAGGAAAAGAUCAUUCGAAAAGACUGGUGGCACCAACUUUGCCACAGCUAUACACACUAUCUCUUCGUCGUACCGUGGAUGAUGUUUCUUCAAGCGAAGAACCAUACCCGCUAUGCGGCAGCAUGGACUCUGGUUAACGCUCACGAAACUGCUGUCAUGUCUGGAAUCGCUGCCGCGAUAGACCUCGGAGCGGAAUAUCCCGAGGAUCUUGAACACGACAAGUUUGCGUUUCUCUGUUUUCGGCUCUACUACCUUCUUGCGUACGGUAAGUGGUAUAAGCGCAGAUACACUAGUAAGCAAGGAGUAGAGCCCACGACGCAGGCGGCCAGAGAAGGCAAGAGCUGGGCGACGGGGCCAUACGGCGGUGUAUACGAGGGCCCCGGAGUAUCAAAAACGGAGCGGCAGACGUGGAAAGAGGGGCUCCAGAAUGGCACCAGCACUAAGAACUUGGCCGAUGGGAACGCAUCCGGGAGGAGCCAGCCCUGA